AUGUGCAAAUAUUGGAUGCUUCUUCCGCUACUCCUGCUGGUGUUGCUUGCAAGGAAUGGCGAUUCUCAGUUGAUACCCAGCGAAUUGUGCGUGGCAGCCCAGCAGCAAUGUCCCAAUUCUCGCAUCAAUUUCUGGCUUUACACCAACUCCACUCGAGACUCGCCCACUUUGCUCAACCCACUCAAUCCGCUUGAGCAACUCUUUGAGCCACGUUUGCCACUUAAAAUUCUCAUUCAUGGCUUCGUUGGCAAUCGCAGUCUGACGCCCAAUCUCGAAGUGCGCGAUGUGCUGCUGCAGACGCAAGCGGUGCACGUGAUCUCCGUGGACUAUGGCAGCCUUGUGAAGUGGCCUUGUUACUAUCCUUGGGCUGUGCAGAAUGCACGUGUGGUGUCCAAGUGCCUGGCUCAGUUCAUCGACAGUCUGCUUGAGUCAGGCAUCUAUAGGCGCGAAGAUAUUCACUUGAUUGGCUUCAGUUUGGGCGCUCAGAUCGCUGGCAUGUCGGCGAAUUAUGUGCAACAGCCGCUGGCGAGGAUUACGGGUCUGGAUCCAGCUGGUCCUGGUUUCAUGACCAAGUGGCGACACGAGAAACUCGAUGCCAGCGAUGCGGACUUUGUGGAUGUGAUACACACGGAUCCCUUUGUCUUCUCCAUGCUGCCUCCAAUGGGACAUGCGGAUUUCUAUCCCAAUCUCGAGCACUUGAAUCAACGUGGCUGUAGCUAUGUAAACCAAUGGCGUUUCUACAAUUGCAAUCACUAUCGCGCCGCUGUCUACUAUGGCGAGUCAAUUGUCAGCGAUCGUGGCUUUUGGGCGCAACAAUGCGGCGGUUGGCUGCAGUUUUUCACACAACGUUGCGGACUUUAUUCCCACAUGCCGAACACUCAAAUGGGUUACUUUGUCUCCGAGAACGCUACUGGCUCCUAUUUUCUCAGCACGCACGAGAAGCAUCCUUUUGCCAAAGGACCUUUGGUGGAUGUGGUCAUCGAGGUAGCUGAUAGCAAUGAUUUAUAG